GUUCUUUCCGCCGUGUCAUUUCCAGUGCAAGAACAUUCCCACCACCACUCUCAUUCUUUCCUCGGUGGAUGUGAUAGGGAAAGAACACUUCGACUACCGCCCUCCGUUCUUUCCUAGCGGCCUUUGCAGGGAAAGGGCCAUUCAUACCACCGUCCUCCGUUCUUUCCCUGCGGCUAGUCCCAUGUCUCCGCCCAGAGACGUCCACGGGCAUGCAAUCGACUGGAAGGCCUCUGGAGCGGGUCACGCUGGCGUCCGGAGGAGCCGCCUUUCAGCUGAUAUGGCUCUGUUCGCUGCUUCUGGUGUGCUGGGCGACACUCGGACAUGGCAUGACCGAUAACAGCAUCGCCCAGCUGCGCCAGGAGACCAGAGACAUAUUCUACCAUGGCUACGACAACUACAUGAAACAUGCCUUCCCCGAGGAUGAACUGCGGCCGCUCACGUGCGCGCCUCUUACGCGCGAUCGCCUGAACCCCGCCCACAUUGAAGUCAACGACGUGCUGGGGAACUACUCGUUGACUUUGAUUGACAGUCUGUCUACGCUGGCUAUUCUCGCGUCGUCCCCCCCGCCCGCUAAGCGAGGCCGCAACAAGCCCUUGGACGAUUUCCAGGACGGCAUCAAGCUGCUGGUGGAAUACUACGGAGACGGAACGCUAGGGUCCGAGGGUCAAGGCAAGCGGGCGCGGGGCUUUGAUCUGGACAGCAAAGUGCAGGUGUUCGAGACUGUUAUCCGCGGCGUCGGCGGCCUGCUGAGCGCUCAUCUGUUCGCCAUCGGGGAGCUGCCUAUCCGCGGGUACCAGCCUACGGCGCAGAAGAAGAGAGGAAGAGAGGGCAUUGAGUGGCGAAACGGCCUUGUGUACGAUGGCCAAUUGCUGCGUUUAGCGACCGACCUAGCCGAACGACUUAUGCCCGCUUUCCACACCCCCACGGGGCUCCCGUACCCCCGCGUGAACCUCCGACAUGGCGUGCCCUUUUACGCCAAUUCCCCGUACAACACCGAUGCCGAACACGGGCAGUGCAAGAAAGACCCCAGCGACAAGGGCACUGAAAUCACCGAGACGUGCAGCGCCGGCGCCGGAAGCCUUGUCUUGGAGUUCUCGACACUCAGCCGGCUGACUGGUGAUGCCCGUUUUGAGAGUGCGGCGAAGGAUGCUUUCUGGGCCGUGUGGCAGCGGAGGACUAGUAUUGGCUUGAUCGGGGCUGGGAUAGACUCCGAGACCGGCCAAUGGGUGUCUCCCUUCACCGGCAUUGGCGCCGGCAUCGACAGCUUCUUCGAGUACUCCAUCAAGACGCACAUCCUCCUUUCGGGCCUGCCUUAUGAUGUAGAUCGUGCUGAUGUCGACUCUCCUGACUCCUUCCUCCGGGCCUGGGAGGCUGCCCACGACGGCAUCAAACGGCACAUCUACCGUGGGGCAGCUCACCAGCACCCUCAUUACAUCCAAGUCGAUUUGUACACGGGAGCCAUGCGGGCCUUCUGGAUUGACAGCCUGAGCGCCUACUACCAAGGCCUGCUAACCCUGGCUGGAGAGCUCGACGAGGCUAUUGAGACGCACCUCCUGUACACCGCCCUUUGGACCCGGUACUCUGGGAUGCCUGAGAGGUGGUCCACGGCAACUGGAAACAUUGAGGGAGGACUCCGCUGGUGGGGUGGCCGUCCAGAGUUUAUCGAGUCCACCUGGUAUCUGUAUCGAGCGACCAAAGACCCAUGGUAUCUUCAUGUUGGAGAAAUGGCUCUUCGGGAUAUCAAAAGACGAUGCUGGACAAAGUGUGGUUGGGCUGGCCUACACGACGUCCGGACUGGGGAGCUGAGCGAUCGUAUGGAAAGCUUCUUCCUGGGUGAGACUGCCAAGUACCUUUUUCUUCUCUUUGAUCCCUCACAUCCACUCAACACUUGGGAUGCUCCAUUUGUAUUUACCACCGAAGGACACCCGCUGGUCGUGCCUAAGCGUCUACGUCAGAUUAAACCUGCCCGGCGGUCAGUUCCUACUCCCCUACCGCAACCAGCCCCUAAAGUAUGUCCUCUUCCCCCUCCGCCGGUGCCCUUCAGCAUUUCAGCUACGGCUGCGAGACCGGAUAUCUUCCAUGCCGCAAGUUUGGCACGGCUUCACCUCAUGCCUACAGUGAAGACUCUCGAAUCACCUCUGGUUGAGUUCAAUGCGGAUCAUCCAAGUAUCUCCAUUUCAGAUAUUCAGUCUCCCUCAAACUAUACUUACUACCCAUGGACACUCCCACCAGAACUUAUUCCUCGAAAUGCGACUAGCUCGAGGAUGCAGACACGGACAACGUUCGACUUGUCUUUUCCCAACCUCCCCAAUACCCUCCAAAUGGGUUCUCUUCAACGUAUCAAUGAAGGCAUCCUUGUGAACUCAAUGAGUGGUCUUCGCCUUGGCAUGAUUCGCGAACCCGACACCUUCCCCGGGGAGAAGGAGAUCCCCUUCGAUGAGCACUUCCGCAUCUACGCCAUCUCCAACGUUGCGCUAGGUCGAGACGAGAAAGUAUACAUGUCGCGGUCCACGAUCGAAAGCUUCAAUCCCGUGGACCCCUUCUUCACUCGCACACGUGACACCCAAAUGGUUGAUCUCAUCAUCGAUGCGCCACACUUGCCGUCUACAACAUCACCUUCGAGCGCCCUCUCCGAUUUUCUUGAUAGCGUCCUCAGUGAAUCCGCAAAUAUUUCCAAUUAUGAGAUUGUGGAAACAUUGGAGAUGGACAUCGGUCCUGAGGAACUAGAGAAUGAACCCUCAUACUUCUCAUCUCUACUCGCAUCUUUACAAUCCCUUCUCUCAUCCCAGCCAUCCGCAACACCAGUGUCCUCUCCACCCACUAUGGAACAACAGUUACCCGAAAUCCAACGCUUCCAUCUCCCAGGCACAUUACCUACAGGACCAGGUGCUGCGCCUUUGCCUGAUAUACCAGACCCAGAUCUCACAUUUUCGGGCACCAACCCGUUGACGUGGUCAAGCAUCUACGUUCACUCAACCCAAUUAUGCGAAGAACGUCUCCCUAUCGAAACCCCGCGCACCCAUCAAGUCAUUGUAAUACCCCGGGGUGGUUGCUCAUUCUCUACUAAACUUCGUAACAUCCCUGCUUUUCCACCAAAGAGCGGAAGCCUGCAGCUCGUUGUUAUAGUAUCGUAUCCAGAACACGAACAAGAAAGCUUUGAAUCCGCACCUACAUCUUCCGACCUAGAGACCGAUGACGGACAAUGGAGUAAUGAUAAAUUGAAUAUGCGGUCUAUGCGGCGGCAACGGAGGUUAGAGGAUCAACAACUCGUCGACUCCGAGACUAUUCAAUAUCAAGAUCCGCCUUCGCGAAACAAGAAACAAGAUAUCGAUCCUGAGUCCUCGAACUCCAAAGCCUCGCCCAAAAUGUCCAAAAAGCGUCGUUCUCCCUCGCAACAGAACGCCGGUGGCAACACGCUCGUCCAACCCCUUCUGGAUAACCUGCAAUUCACCCCUUCAGGUCUGCCGCGCCCAAAUCCUAUUCCGUUGGUGAUGGUAGGAGGAGGUCAUGAGACGAUGGACCUACUAAAGAGGGCUAAGGGGGUACAAACGAGGAGGAGAUAUUAUUUCUUAAGUCAGGGGGUUAGAAUUGCGAAUUUAAUUGUGCUGUAGCCGGCUAAUUUUUGCCCACCAGGAGUAUGUAUAUAUGAAUGAUGCGCGUAGAGGACUUGUGUGUUCGUUUUAGGAUAGAAAAAAAGUUCAUAAU